CAGAGCUAACAAGUGGCGGCACCCAUCUCCGGCACCGGUCCGCUGCUGCUCUGAUUCGGCAGCCCGACCGACAGCUGGGAGGAUUUCACAGCCGGGCUCAGCCGGUUCGGAACGGCCUUCUGGAACCGAGAGGUUGUUUUCUUGUUUGUUUAAAUGGCGAAAACGUACGACUACCUGUUUAAGCUGCUGCUCAUCGGAGACAGCGGCGUCGGGAAGACAUGUCUGCUGUUCAGAUUCAGCGAGGACUCCUUUAAUACCACCUUCAUCUCCACAAUAGGGAUAGACUUCAAGAUCAGAACAAUUGAGCUGGAAGGAAAGAGAGUCAAACUCCAGAUUUGGGACACUGCAGGCCAGGAGAGGUUUCGCACCAUCACUACAGCUUACUACAGAGGAGCAAUGGGCAUUAUGCUGGUCUAUGACAUCUGCAACGAGAAGUCCUUCGACAACAUUAAAAACUGGAUUAGAAAUAUUGAAGAGCAUGCCUCAUCAGACGUGGAGAAGAUGAUACUCGGGAACAAAUGUGACAUGACUGACAGGAGGCAGGUGUCUAAAGACAGAGGUGAAAAGCUGGCUAUUGAUUAUGGAGUGAAGUUCUUGGAGACCAGUGCAAAGUCUGGCCUAAAUGUAGAAGAGGCUUUUUAUACUAUGGCAAGAGACAUUUUGCACAACCUUUGCUCAAAGGCAACUGACAGCAGCGGUGAAGGAUCCGGGAAGCCUGUCAAGAUCACAGAUAAAAAAUCAAAGAGAAUCAAAUUCUUCAAGUGUUCACUCCUCUAAGCGUCUAUCUUCUGAGGAUUGAUGCCCGUCAGGUUUCCUGGCCGCCUGAGCAACAGCUCAGCUCAUCAAUAAAAGGCCUUCUAACGCCACCUGAGGUCACCGGGUCACGUGUGGCCGAGCCGUACCUCUGAUCUGCUAAACAGAAACUGGGAAGCGAUGCAAAAGACUUGCAGCAGUGGUUUGCAGGUCGCCCUGCAGUGCCCGCUCACAGCGGGCAGCAGUCCUGUUGACGUUUACGCCAUGAGGAUAUAUCAUUUGCACACUGUUGUCUUACUCUUUAAUAUUGUAGCAUCAUUUUAUAAACACUGCCUAUUGCCAGAUUUUCUAUUAUGAUGCUGAAUAUAUCCUAGUCUCAGCAUUGAUUGUAUUUGCGUGUAUGUAUGUUUUUCUUUAUCAUGCUUAUGGCCUUCAGUUGCACUGACAUCAUUUUGACCUCAAAAUAUCUACAGUUUUACAAUACAAACAAAAAAACACAGCAGCUUUUUGUGGUAUUUUUAUUUUUGAAAUUAUAUUUAUACAAGUUUCUGUAUUAAAAUGAAACUGCGAAAGAUCAUUCAGUAGAAUGCACUGGAAACAUACUGUUACGCGAUUGUAUCUGCAUGAAAGUUGUAAUAAGGAAGCCCUUGAUGGGUCAUUGUUAAGCACACUGUAUCAGAAAAGAAAAUGUUUACAGAAAGUAUUUAAAAAUGCCAACCAUAUGUAGAAUGAUGGUGUUUUUCCUGCAUGCAUUUUUUUAAAUUUUCUCCUCAAACAGAAGAUAUUCAUCAGUUUUUCUUUCAUUUUCAAACAUAAACUCAAGUAAAGCUGUAAUGUGGUUUAUAAUCUCUUGAAUGUUACCGGUGGAAAGUAGCAAAAGUAAAGAAUCUUUAUAACA